GCAUGUGGCUCAGUCCUGCGGGAUGGUAAUUACUAACAUCUGGGCUAGUGAGGUUGGCACGGAACCGAAGACCAGAUGGAGGGCUUCCUUAGGGAGCAGCUGAGGUGCAUGGUGUGCCUUUGGGACAAGAUUUGGCCUCCUCCCGAGUCACUCAGGCACCCAACUGUGGCCGUCAUUAGCCCAAUGCCCACAAGCACCUUGCCCAGGAUGGACAUAGUGACCACCCUCUUUGACUUUGAUGCCAGGACCAGCGAUGAGUUGACGGUAAACGCUGGGGAAGAGCUCUGCAAAGUGGGCGACGAAGGGGAAUAUAUUAUGGCCAGGAAGCUGACAGGGGUUUUGGAAAUGGGACUGGUGCCGGCCAGUUACGUGACGCCGACGGGGUUCUUCAAUACAGCCGUCACGCCGGACUCCCCAAAGGUUUCCACUCUACCUAGUCCACCAACCCGGGCUCGAUAUCAACACUCAAUCAGCAGUGAGCCCUGGUACGUGGAAGUGACCAGUCGCCAUGCAGCCGAAAGAUUAUUGCUCUCCCCGCCUAACGGUCAUGGCUCGUAUCUGGUCCGGCCCAGCGACACCAACCCUGGACAAUAUUCCCUAUCAGUUUGUAACGACAAUAAAGUCACCCACUUCCGCAUCUACAAAGACUCCAGGGACGAGUACUACCUACAGCACGGGAGGAGCUUCCCCACCAUCCAGGAUCUGCUCAUCUUCCAUAAAACCAACUGGAAGCUACUGAAGUGCCCGCUGCUGCAGCCCUGCGUCACCCAGGUCCUGGCUCCAUCUGACACCUGGGAAAGGCCAAGGUCGGAGUUUGCUUUAGUAAGAAAGCUGGGACAGGGGUUCUUUGGAGAGGUCCAUGAAGGCCUCUGGACCGGAGAGCAGAGAGUCGCCAUCAAGACCUUCAAACAAGAGGACCUGAACAGAGAUGACUUGGAGAAAGAGAUGAACGCACUGAAGACACUGUGCCAUCGGAACCUCAUCCGUCUCCUGGCUGUGUGUUCCAUUGGAGAGCCGGUCUACCUUGUCACCGAACUCAUGACCAAGGGAAACCUCCAAGAUUACUUAAAAGGCACGGAAGGAAAGCGCCUGAAAUAUCCAGAAUUUAUUUACAUAAUCUGCCAGGUUGCAGAUGGUAUGGAGUACCUGGAGAAGAAACACGUGGUCCACCGGGACCUGGCCACUCGAAACGUUCUGGUUGGGGAUAACCUCAUUUGUAAGAUAGCCGACUUUGGACUGGCUCGCUUGUUGAAGGAUGAUCUGUACUCUCCAGAAAGCAACCGAUGCAUCCCAAUAAAAUGGACAGCGCCGGAGGCUCUUAGUUUCUGUAAAUAUUCUACCAAGUCCGAUGUGUGGUCCUUUGGGGUCUUGAUGUAUGAAGUGUACACGUUUGGAGAAACGCCAUACAAAGGGUGGAAUAACCGGGAUGUCUUCACAAAAGUCUCCCGAGGCUACCGACUUCCUCAGCCGGCCUACUGCAGGUUGGAAAUGUACAAUUUGAUGCUGCUUUGCUGGGAGGACAAGCCCGAGGAAAGGCCCAGCUUCCAAGAGCUGGUGGAAAAACUAACGGAUAUCGAGAGGACUAUUCGAUGA